CGACAUGUAUUGAACUGUAGUUUUCUUGAUACGACUGUAUGAAAUAAUACAGAAGAGAUCGAAACGGCGUCGUGUUAAGCUGAUUCGUGGGCUUCUUUUUAACAAAGUCAGCGUUGUUUUUUUCAGUCUCUAGAUAGCGAAACUGAGAGAUGACGACGGCGUCGUUCAGGUGGAUUUUGCAGCUACACAGAGAUGUACCAAAAGCAGCUCGAUUCUACGCGCAAGGUCUCGAUUUCUCCGUCAACGUCGUCACAUUACGUUGGGCUGAGCUUCAGUCUGGUCCUCUUAAGCUAGCUCUUAUGCAAUCUCCCAGCGACCAUGUGGUGAGUGAGAAGGGGUACUCUUCGUUACUAUCGUUCACUGUGACAGACAUUAAUACAUCAAUCUCUAAACUUAUGGAACUAGGAGCGGAGCUCGAUGGCUCUAUUAAAUACGAAGUCCAUGGCAAGGUUGCAUCUGUGAGAUGUCUCGACGGUCAUGUGCUCGGCCUCUAUGAACCUUCUUAGGUUUUUAUCAGUUCGUGAGUGUACUUUGUUACGGGUAAUUCCUAUUGGACCGCCGAUCAAUAAACUAGAUGGCUGAUAUGUACUAGUAGCCCAGCAAAAAUCAAAGUAGUGCAUUUCUUAUUUUGAAAUAUGAACAAAAUGCUCUUGAAACAA